AUGACGGCCUCGACGACAAAUCCAAACCAGAGGAUCAGUUCUGAGACUACGCUCGACGACAUUGAGCGAGACGGGGCUGCUCCUUCUCCUUCCAAUGCAGUUGCAGAUCCAGGAAAUGUUCCGACGGCUGCUCCUGCCCCGGAGGCUGGGCGGACCAAGCUCGAAACCUUCCUGAUCAUGUUUGCGCUCGGGCUGGCGCUCUUCCUCGCAGCCUUGGAUGUCACCAUCAUCACAACUGCUGUUCCUACGAUAUCCAACGAAUUCAAGUCUAGUCAGGGCUAUAUCUGGAUAGGAAGCGCCUAUCUGCUCGGAAAUGCUUCCUUCCUCCCGACCUGGACGAAACUGUCAGACAUAUUUGGGAGGAAGCCCAUCAUCCUCGUGGCGGCCGUCACCUUCUGGAUCGGAUCUCUACUAUGCGCCGUGAGCAAUGGUAUGGCCAUGCUCAUCGCCUCGCGGGCCAUCCAAGGCGUUGGCGGAGGUGGCCUGGUGGUACUCCCCAACAUCGCCAUCAGCGACCUCUUCUCUAUAAGGAACCGAGGCAUGUACUUUGGCAUCUUGGGUAUGGUGUGGGCGCUGGCCUCUGCUGUCGGUCCCAUCCUCGGUGGCGUCUUCACCAGCCAAGUCAAUUGGCGCUGGUGCUUCUAUAUCAACCUGCCCCUGUCGGCCGUUGCCAUUGUCAUCCUGAUCUUUGUCCUCAAGCUGCACAACCCCCGGACGCCGAUGAAGGAAGGCCUUUUAGCUCUCGACUGGCCGGGUAGUUUGCUCAUGAUCGGCGGCACAAUCAUGUGGCUGCUGGGAAUCGAGCUCGGAGGUGUCAGUUUCCCCUGGGACUCGGCCACCAUCAUCUGCCUCCUCAUCUUUGGCGUCGUGACGUGUGGCAUCUUUCUCGUCUAUGAGUGGAAGGUUGCCAAGUUCCCCAUUAUGCCUCCCUAUCUCUUCCACAAACAAAACAGCAACGCGGCCUUUGGGCUGGCCUUCACCCAUGCCUUUGUCUUCAUGUCUGGCAGCUACUGGCUCCCGCUAUACUUCCAAGGCGUGCUCGGUGCAUCGUCUCUGCUUUCUGGCGUUUAUCUGCUACCCUUUGUACUUUCCCUGUCGUUCGUCUCGGCCGCGGCCGGCAUCAUCAUCAAGAAGACGGGUCGCUACAAGAUAGUCAUUGUCUCGGGCAUGUUCGUGACUGUCCUGGGCUUUGGCCUACUCAUCAAUCUUGAGCCGCGCGCCAACUGGGUCAAGAUCAUCAUCUUCCAGAUCGUCGCGGGCAUUGGCAUUGGCCCCAACUUCCAGGCGCCUCUGAUCGCGCUGCAGACAAACAUCGAGCCGCGAGACAUUGCCGCCGCCACCUCGACAUUUUCACUGAUCCGUCAGCUCGGUACCUCGGUGUCGGUUGUCAUCGGCGGCGUCAUCUUCAACAACGAGAUGGAGAGGCAGUACCCCAAGCUCGAGCGGGAGCUGGGCCCCGACCUGGCGAAUUUGCUGUCGGGCUCCAACGCGGCGGGCAACGUACAGGUCGUGGGUGAAAUGGGCGGUCACGAAGGCCGGGUGGCCAAGACGGCCUACUGGAAGAGUCUGCAGACAAUGUACAUUGUCUAUACCUGCUUUGCUGGUCUGGCUCUGAUCAUCAGCACGAUGAUAAAGCAGGUGAACCUCAGCAAGGAGCAUCAGGAGCACAAGACGGGUCUCACGUCGCUCAAGGGGAGGAAGGACAAGAAAAACGACAACGAAAAAGCUACUGACAAUUAA